UUUCAGAUCAAAAGUUUCAUGGCGAGGAUAUCUCAGCCAUUGACCCGUUAAAUUUAUUAAAAUAAAAAUAAAAAACAGAGAAAACAAAAAAUUGUUUGUGUCGAUUGAAACCAGAGAAAAGCCAAAGGGGAUUUCACUGACUGAGCUUGUCGCAGAUGCAAUCAACAUCCGUUGGUAGUAGCAGAGGCGGAAGCGGAGGAGAAAACAGUGGAGGCGGAGGAGGGCAGGUGAGUCGAAGUGGACUAUCUCGGAUCCGUUCAGCUCCGGCGACUUGGCUUGAAGCUUUACUUGAGGAAGAUGAAGAAGAGUCUCUGAAACCAACUAAUCUCGGUCUCACCGAGUUACUCACUGGAAACUCGGCCGAUUUACCGACGAGUCGUGGCUCGUUCGAGUUACCGAUUCUGGUUGAGCAUGGAUUCUACCAACAAGGUGAGUUUCACCGACAGAACAGUACUCCGGCGGAUUUUCUUAGUGGCUCCGAUGGAUUUAUUCCAAGCUAUGGGCUUCAGGCGAAUUGCGAAUACUUGUCGCCGCCGAACAUCGAUGUUUCUCCGGGAAGUAAAAGGUCUAGAGAAAUGGAAGCACUCUUCUCUUCUCCUGAGUUUACUUCUCAGAUGAAAGGAGAGCACAGCAGCGGUCAAGUCCAUGCUAUGGAUAACGUUUUGGAGGACUCUGUUGCUUUCAGGGUUCGUGCUAAACGUGGUUGUGCAACGCAUCCUCGUAGUAUUGCCGAGAGGGUUCGAAGAACGCGAAUAAGUGAUAGAAUAAGAAAACUACAAGAGCUUGUUCCUAAUAUGGAUAAGCAAACAAACACUGCAGACAUGUUAGAAGAAGCUGUAGAAUACGUGAAAGUACUUCAAAGGAAGAUUCAGUUUAGAAUUUGAAACACACACAAUCAAAAGGUGGGAUCAAUCGCGCGGCUAGCAAUCGAACAAACCAGCGGCAGACACUGCGACCAGACGCACGGCAACCAAACGAACGACAACACAGCGUCUGAACGCAGCAUCUGAACGCAGCUUCUGAACGCAGUGCCGCAGCCGCAGCCGCCAGCGUCAAGCAAACGAACAAGGCUUAAGAGAGAGAGAUUAGAUAGAGAGUUUUUGGGAGACAAAUCCAUACUCUGUAGAGAAAAAUUUCGAACCCCUUCAUCUUUUACUAUAUUUCUUAAUGCAAUUUUAUUCAGUCAUGAUUUGUGUUUUACUUGAUAUGUCUGAGUAAUCUGCUAGUUAGGUUUUGGGUUAUUCAAAGGUUGAUAAUGAAUUGUUAGAACUACAAAAUUGGAAGGAUAAAUCAUUUGGUUCUUCAUCUAAA